AUGACCAAGACUGUUGAUGAAGCUAAGGUUCUUAUUGAGAAUCUUGCAGCUAGUGAUUGUAACAACUGUCCUGAUUAUGACCGCUCAAGCCGCACCACUACUAGCUCCCCUGAUUCUUUUCAAAUGACUGAACUCAAGAACAUGAUGGCUCAAGUUCUUAAGGGACAGCUCAAGCAUAUCAAUGCAAUAGAAGGGAUGAGUGAUGCUAAUGAAGAUUCAUCAAGAGAAUGCAUGGGAGAUUUCUCUAAUGAAGCCAAUGAAGAAGAUGUGAACUACAUUGGAAACUAUGGGAACAAGGGAUACAAUCCAAGCUAUCGCCCAAACCCCAACAUGUCUUAUAGAAACCCCAAUGUGGAGAAUCCUCAAGACCAAGUGUAUCCUCCAAGGUAUCCACAACAACAAAGACCUCCUUACCAAUCUCAAGGAAGUCAAUUUCAGCCAAGGCAAGGAUAUGAGCAGAGAUCAUCAUAUCCGCCCAAGGAGCCAUAUGCUUCUUCACCAAAUCAAGCUCCUCCAAACCAACAAGGUGGGAGAUUUGAAGGAAUCCUCCAACAGAUCAUGGAUGGCCAGAAGAGAAACACUAAAGAGAUGUAUGAGAAGAUGGACACUUUGUUCAGCAAUCUCAACACCAAGUAUGAUGCUGUUGCCACUCAUGUGAAGAAACUAGAGACUCAAGUCACUCAAACUAUGGAAGCUGUUAAGAGACAGGAAGCUGAAUCCAAGAAGUCCUUUUGCAACUCAGCCGCCAUAGAAGAAAGAUUUGAAGACCAAGUUCCAGAAUGGAUGCUUUCAAAACCUACUGUUGAUUGCAUGAUUUGGCCUGAAGAGAAUUACCCAGAGAGAGAGUCCAAUCGAGCUAGAAAGAGAAGACUCUUCCCAAAGAUUAUCCCCAAGACAGAUAACUCAGGAAAGUUUGUGUGCCUUGUAUCAUCAAAGAUUGGAAAUUGCUCUAUCCCUACUGAUUUCCAGAUUGUGGAAAUGAGAGAGAGUAGCCAUAGACCUCUCAUAUUUGGAACCCCUUUCCUGUCUACUGUGGGUGCCAUAUUUGAUUUCCCCAAUCAAAGAAUCUCUUUCAACAAGGUGAACAAGGGUAUGUUCUUCCCUAUGUGUUCAACAAAGAACUCUUUUGUUGACAUGGUCCAAGAGGAGAAAGCUACUUUGAAGCCACCCCAAGAAGGAGAAACUGAAGAAACAAUCAAGGAAGAUCCCAUUCCUAAGCCCAAGCAGCUUGCCAAACAAGCAAGGAGUAAGACUAAGGCCCCUACACCAAAACCGCCCAAGGGAUCAACCAAGAUUGAAGAUGAGGCCAAGCCAAGAAGGAAGAUACUCAUUGCAAGGAGAAAAGACUUGGAGGAUCAAGAUGCCUCUUGUCUCUAUCUUCUCCUGAGCGCCAAGCCUUACAGUCAAGCUAAAGACUUAAAACAAGCGCUGCAUGGGAGGCAACCCAUGAGGAUAGAAGGAGAAAAAGGUGUGAAAACACAAUCCGCGCCAAAACAUUGGCCGCGGACGCGCAAAAGUAAUUUUGGCCGAGCAAUUCUCAUUGGCCGACCGUUACGGUCGAGCCGGGAAGGAAUAGCCGUGCUCGGCCGGAUUCUCAUUGCGCGACAGAAACGUUCGCGCGACGCACGAACCGACACGAAGAACGCGAUCGGCGAAAAUCGUAUCGGAACGGACCGACCGUGCCGGUCGAUCCGGGAAACACGCUCGGCCUCGGCCGAAAUUCUCUCGCCAAACGAAUUUGGCCGACCAAAUCGCUCGACCGCGACAAAAUCCAUCGGCCAUCGGCCCAAAACUUUUCUAGGCCAAGGUACACCAAUGGCAAAGACAAAAGGAAAUGAGAGUAUGAAGAAGAAGAAGAACCCAUUCAUGGAACCACCAAAGAAGCAAAUCAAGCUAGGGAGUAGUAGCUCCAAUGCAAGAGCAGCAAUACCAACUUCACCACAUUCCAUUGAUGCAAUCAAGAACAUGUGGAGAGUCCAAGAAGAGGAGAAGAUGAUUGGGCACUUGUAA